ACCAAUCAAGAAUAUGGUGGUAUAAUAAGACAUGGGGCCAAAUUAUUAUUUGCCUACGCUGAAGCUACUGUACCUAAAAUUACAGUCAUCACUAGAAAGGUAAGUACAGUCUUAUGCCUGUACAUGUUUUGUUUAAAUACAUAUCGAAAACCUUUUUUACAUGUAUGUUUUUAG